CGUGACGUAUUUCCUGGAGAAAAGGGUUAGUGGCAAGUUGUUGUAAUUUUCGUCCAAUCCUGAACCGCUUUAUUGUAUUGGCACACAGCGGCUUAUUUUCCCCUUUGUCUGUCCGUGCUGUUUAAUUUGUACGUGUGUAAAUUAAAAACAGCACUACUCCAGCCAGCAAACAAACCACGUGAAAUGACUUAAACCUAUUAGAAGAAGCCUCCGAAGACAUAACUGGGAUCGACGGUGGAAGUUAACUGGCAAAAUAUAACCAUGGUGGCUGUAAGUUGGUGGAGGAUGACAAGCAAGACGGGAUAGUUGAACUGAGCACUUUUCGGUGAAGAUGGGUGCAUGCGGGUAGCCUUGUAAAUAAUCUCCUGGACCGAGUAAAGGACGCACAGUGUCAGGUUAGAUGUAAAGUUGCAAGUGAAACCCGCAGAAGGAGGAAUGGGAGUCUCCGCACGGAGGGAGGAUGAGGAGGCAUGCCGUCUCGGUCCUCACUGGUGUUUGACUUGCUAAGGCCAGUGUUCUACUUUGCUGCUGUAAGGUGGAGCAUCCCCACUCUGCCUGGGACACAGCAACAGACGGACAGAUAAACUGCGCUGUGAAGUUGUCCUUUUAAUGGAUGCCAGGGUGGCCCUGCUUCUCUUGUGGACAGUCUUUGUCCUGCUGACAGCUGAACUGAAUUGGAUUGAUGCUGCAAAGGUCUACACCAACACGUGGGCUGUCCAGAUCAAUGGGGGCCCUGGGGAAGCUGAUCGCAUCGCCAGGGAACAUGGAUUCAUCAACCAUGGCCAUGUUUUUGGAGAUUAUUAUCACUUCAGGCAUCACGCCGUGGAGAAGAGAGCUUUGUCUGGCCACAAGAGGAUGCACAUCAGACUGCAAAAAGAACCACAGGUCCUGUGGACAGAGCAGCAAGUGGUGAAAAAGAGGAAGAAGAGGGAUGUGUAUGAAGACCUAACGGAUCCUGAUUUCCCUAAGCAGUGGUACCUGUCCAACCCAACACAUCAAGAUCUGAAUACAAAAGCAGCCUGGGCUCAGGGCUACACAGGAAGAGGUGUAGUGGUCACUAUCCUGGAUGAUGGCAUUGAGAAGGACCAUCCCGACCUCAUAAGCAAUUACCUGUAUCAAAAUCAUCCAAAACCCUUGUGCACACAAAAGGUCCGACCGACAGCUUUUCAGGACCCUGAGGCCAGCUAUGACGUAAAUGAUGGAGAUACUGACCCUCAACCAAGAUAUACACAACGAAAUGAGAACAGGCAUGGAACACGGUGUGCAGGAGAAGUUGCAGCUGCAGCAAACAAUGGUGUAUGUGGCGUGGGUGUGGCCUAUAAUGCUAAAAUUGGAGGAGUUCGUAUGUUGGAUGGGGAGGUGACAGAUGUAGUGGAGGCUCAGUCUCUUAGCCUGAACCCUCAGCACAUCCACAUUUACAGUGCCAGCUGGGGCCCGGAAGAUGACGGCAAGUCUCUGGAUGGCCCUGCCAAGCUGGCUAAGGAGGCUUUCCUCCAGGGAAUCACCAAGGGACGCAGCGGACUGGGCUCCAUCUUCGUCUGGGCUUCGGGUAAUGGUGGCCGGGAGCAAGACAGCUGUAACUGUGACGGCUACACGAACAGCAUUUACACCCUGUCCAUCAGCAGCACCACGCAGUCCGGCAACGUGCCGUGGUACAGCGAGCCCUGCUCCUCCACCCUCGCUACCACCUUCAGCUCUGGAAACCCGGGGGAGAAGCAGAUAGUGACCACCGACCUGAGGCAAAAAUGCACAGACUCUCACACGGGGACGUCCGCGUCAGCACCGCUCGCUGCUGGGAUCAUCGCUCUGGCUCUGGAGGCCAAUAUGAACUUAACCUGGAGGGAUAUGCAGCACCUGGUGGUGAGAACAUCCCAGCCCGGGCGUCUCAGCGCUGGUGACUGGAAGACCAACGGAGUGGGGCGCAGAGUGAGUCAUUCGUACGGUUAUGGGCUCCUGGAUACAGGUGCUCUGGUGGCGUUGGCACAGAAUUGGACAUCAGUGGGACCGCAGCACCAGUGUGUUAACACGAUGCUUUCAGAACCAAGAGACAUCGGGAACAAACUGGUGUUCAGCAAGAGCGUGGAUGCCUGCUGGGGACGACCAGAGCAUGUCAGCUCCCUGGAACACGUUCAGGCUCGCCUCACUCUCUCCUACAACCAGAGAGGAAAAUUGGCCAUUCAUCUCAUCAGCCCGCUGGGUACACACUCCACCCUGCUGUUCCCCAGGCCCAAUGACUUCUCCUCAGAGGGUUUCAAUGAUUGGGCCUUUAUGACCACACACUCAUGGGACGAAGACCCUCAAGGAGAGUGGACCCUGGAGAUAGAAAAUGUAGCACCUAAUGGACGUGACUAUGGUGUGUUGAGUCAAUUCACCCUCAUCCUGUGGGGUACUGGGCCCAGCAUAGUCAACCCCUCGUCCCCUGACUUCCCUCGGCCGUCCAACAACAGCUGCAAGACAUUCGAUGCCCAGCAGAUCUGUAUCGAGUGCAGCCCUGGCUUCUCCCUCUUCCUGCAGGGUUGUGUGAAGUUGUGUCCGCCAGGCUUCACGUCGGGGCAGCAGCUCCUCAACCUCUCUCUGGAGAACUGGGUAGAUUUGUCCUCCGUCCAGGCCUGCCUGCCCUGCAAUCCUGCCUGUCUCACUUGCUCUGGCACCGGGCCUGCAGAUUGCCUGUCCUGCCCUCCUCACAGCCAUCUGGUCUUCACCUCCUGUUUGCACCAGAACCAAGUCCAGCGAAAAUCCCCUCUAACUGGAGGACUCCAGGGUGACGGAGCGCAGCCAGAAGGUGCGAGUCCAGCAGCAGCAGACCACGACAGCAAAGUAGCUGAGGAAUCCCCAGGGCUCAUUGUAGCUCCGUCCACUCAACUCCCCGCCGUCGUGGCCCUUCUCAGCUGUGCCUUCAUCCUGGCUGCCUUCGUCGGGGUCUUCUUCUUGCUGCAGUUACGCUCAGGUGGCGCUUCUGCCUGGAGGACCAAAUUGCCCUCUGGAUUUUCAGAGACGAACGGGGUGCGGGUGGGCUUUGGUUUUGGCUUCCGGCAGGGACGGGAGAGAAAGGCAAGGAUAUGCUACAAAGGAAUCCCCACUGUGUGGGCAGAUGAGGACAUGAUUGCCUACGAGUCUGAAUCAGACAGCGAGGAAGUGGACGGCCACAGCGAGAGAACAGCUUUUAUUAAGACGCAGAGCUCAAUCUAGCUGAAGCUGCAUCUGCUGUUGUGGUGUCUGACACGACGACAGGUCUGACUGCACGGAGCUGAUUCGUGAAGCAGAAUCGCACAGGUUCAGAAAAACACAAAGCGCAGGCCUUACUGUCCCAUCAGCACCCCAUCCAAACGCAAAAGAGCCAAUCAUUUUUUUCUUGUAUUUAUUUGCUACAAGCUUCAUGUGUAUUUUCAUGUAUUUUAUCUUUUAUUUGAUUGAUGUCAGUUGUAUUGAUAAGCUUUGUCACCAUUUAAAUGUAUUAUGCAGCUAAUUUACUUUGCAAAUAUUUUUCAGAGUGCUUUCCAGAAAAUGAGUACUGCCACACCCUUAAAGCUUGGAUACCUAACAGGAGAGAGUUAGAGACAGAAUGGUCUAAUAUUAAGCAGCAGAGACCAAGAUAUCCUGAGUUUUGAAGAGGCACGACCAUGACGUUGUGCAACUCCACCUAGAAUAAAUAAACAUACCUUAUUUCAAUUUGGCAACAAUGCAGUGCAUUCAGCGCGACUGCUAUUUUUGAUCAGCCACUAGAAUUCUCCUUCUGACCGCCUGUGCGUCUGUGACGGUUGCUGUAUCUCCACCACCAGAGUGCAAACUCAAAAUUAUCCUGUGGCCAUAUGCUGCAGGCGUGCAAAGGCAAACAAGGAAGAUUAGAAUAUUUUGGCUUUUAUUGGAAUAUUUUCUCUCUGAUGCCUCGGGAUAUUAUAGCAUUACAGAGACAAGGGUGACAAAAUCACAGUCCACACCACCAGGAAGGUGUUCCUGUGCUCGUGGUUGUGUUCGCGGCUUGAUGCAGCGCCUUCGGGCACUUCCACUGAAAAGUGCAUUCUGGUGUUUUGUGUUGUAGUUUGUAACCCUCUGCUCUCAUCACUGUGGAUGAUCUUUUAUGUGACAUCCUGGUCAGUUUGAGAGGGAAGUUGUUUACUCGAGGCAUUUGAGGUCGCGAUGAAUCUGCCGAGACGCAUGUGAUGAAAAGGGCAGCUCCAGGGAGUGACUUAAGAAAAAAAAUAGUGGGAGUGCUGGAAGCACUCGAGAAGGUCAAGCUGACCUUGAAGGGGAGCUCAAAUUCAGGUUGGGUAUAGUUUUUGCUUUUUAUAGACAAAGUUGCAAACUUUUGAUUGCAUUUGUAGGUCAAGGCCCCAAAUCGAUGAAUACGAGUGUCGAACUGAAUAUCUGUAAAUUUCAAACUAUAUAGAUCGACUAUAGAUCGAAUUUCCCAGAGGAACCCACCCGAGGGAUUAAUAAAGUUCUAUCUUAUCUUAUGUAUCUGCACUUGGUAAUGCAUGGUUCCUGAGGGGGAGAAAAAAACAGCGCCCCCUAGCAUAAAAACUAAUCAGAACUCAGAGUAACCUUGAUGGAAUCACAGUAGUUAAUUAUUCAGGCUUAGCAAAGCACCUCCAGAAGUAAAGGCCUUAUUCAGAGGCUGAGAAGCACAUGUGCCAAGCAGUGUGUAGAAAUGUGUGGAUUGGCCCUUUACUCCAUUACUUUAUCUAAGGCAUAUCUAAUUUGUCUCAACUACAAACAUCAGGCCUCUACUUCAGGUGGACUUCUAAUAUAUUGCUGUUGUUAUCUUUCAUCAGAGACCUGAGAGAUUGCAGGCCAGGGGUUAUAAAGUUGACUCGCUGUUCAUUAAUGCUAAGAAAAACUUUAAAUUGAGGAUUUCUGCAGCGCGCUGGGACAGCAUAAUAAAACAUCCCCGCAGGUUGUUUGAUAAGCAGGAAACUGUGGAGGAUGCUCUGUUUUCAAUCAAGCCUCAGUGGGAAUUUCCACUGCAGCGCAGACACCAGAGAUGGUACAUCAAUCACACAGAAAUGUGCCGAAUUACAGUGAGCAGCACUGUUUUUUAAUGACAUUAACCACUCAGCCCAAAAGCUGCUUGGCUAACCUUGUGAAGCAUUGUGCCACUUGGUUACUGCGGGUGAGAAACAAUAUAAUUCUCUCUUCAUUUUCCCCCCAGAGUGUGCUUUAUAUUGAUUUUGGGGCUUCUCUUUCAGAACAUCUUCAUCAAAGUGAAGCGUCCUCCCUUUCUGCUGUGAACACCAAACAUAAAAGGACAAAUUCAUGCUUUAUAUUCUCUCUAUAACGACGUAGACUUGCAGUUACGUGGCCAAAUCAAAGCCUUUGGAUCCAAAAGACCAGAAUGGCUAGUGAUUAAAAAAAAUCAGAAAAUAAUGAUUCAAUUUCCUAUGUUUGUUUUUAUUUUUAAUCCUUUUUUUUACUAUUUAACUGAUGAUGGAUGUUAUGUGUUGAGAUCAAUUUCAUGCUGGAUUAAUUAAAAAAAAAAAAAGUUUGGCUGUUGUAAAGCAUGUCUGUUUUUUACUGCCAGGGUUGAAACCUUUUAUAGUUUUUUUAAUGCAUCUUAAAUUCAGCCCCUGACAUACAAACAUCCCAGAGAGAGCAGAUGGUUCCUCGCUUCUUCAUGGUCAUAUAUCAGUGUUGCCGCUGCGUUUCCUUCACUCCUGGCAUUGAGCUUUAACAGAGUGCCAGCCUUCUUUUUUCCUGCCUGCCAUCCAGUUGCAGCAGUGAGCAAAGCUGCCAAGAACGCCUUCAAGAAACUGUUCCCUCAAGCUUCUGCGUAGCGGGCCCCUUAAAGUUUAAAUUAAUAUAAAUGGAGGUUUGUAUGCAUGGGGGAAAACACCAGGCGGGCGGCGGCAGCAGCUUUGUUCAUUAGCAGCUGCCCCCCCUCUCUACAGAGGUGCAGGUAACUGGGUUCAUGGGUAAAGGUACAUUCAUUUUGUGGCCCAUAAUUAGAUCUGCCGGGAGAACUCGCUGCACAAUUCAGCACUUCCUGCAUGUCAUGUUUUGCAUUUUAAAUACAAACCAAU